CGACAAUAUUGGAUGUGAUUCAGCUCGCUCGGCCAUCUGAAGCAGUCCGUCGCACUCACAAACGCUCGCAAUCUGCCCAGACAUCACCAGACUCGACUCCGCAAUGGUUCCAUUUCUCUCUUGCUUGGUCGCCGUCUUUGCUGCACUCCCUCUCGCACCUCCUUUGCACGCCACAUGGCCCAAGUUUCGCCUCGAUCAUGCCGGCUGCUUGCCUCCGAUAGCUCUUCUAGCCUUGCUAACGAACGACGAGACAAUGUUUGAUCCACAUCAUCCCUAUCAGCUCGUUGAACGGCUGAGCCGACACAUGGCCCAAGCUGAGCUGCCUCGCGGCAUCUCCUCGCGGCAUCUCCUCACGCCCAACACACCGGCCACACACCGGUUGGCAUCAUUCCGAAGAUCUCGUCCAACUCCGAAGUUACUGUCUCUCCGAAGUUACUGCAUUCUAUAGCCUCGUUUUCCAACAACGCCAAGAACAGAUAUCCCCCGCCACUAGGCCUCCAC